AUGGCCGCGAACACAACCGAUGUUAUCCUUAACAUUCGAACCUUCGACAGCCACUCCGAGCCUGUCAAGGAACAUAGCUGUGUUACUGUUCCAAAGGAAGCACAAGACAAGACGCUUUCCGAGUUGCGCAAGAAGCUGGUUGAUGCUAAAGUGCUGGACUCCAAAGUAAGAAGGAGUCCUUUUUGCAAUGUCAAAGGUGCUGUGAUCGGUGAUGAGACAAAGUUCUCUCUCUACCUUCGUAUCAUUGAUGAAAAGGAAACCGAGAAGGAUCCAAGAGCGGACGACGGUCACCCGGAAGGCUCUUGUUCUAAUACUGCAAAACCAUCGACACCAGACCGCUUCAAUCAGGCAGGGAGUGAAAAGUUUGACCCCAAGGCGCUGAAAGACCUCGUUUCGUCCUUCUCUGCUAGUAACUUUGUCGCUUCUACAGGUUCAGGAAACGCAAAGCAUCCCGUGGAUAUGACCGAGGCAGACUGGGAUGUUGUCCUGAAAAGAAACAACCUCUUGAGUGGGAACUCUGUUACUCUUACCAAAGUUCAGGAUCCCGAGACUGAAAUAGAAACAACGCAGGUGAUCCCAUGGUUUCCACAAUUUCGUAAAGAUGGUGUUCUAAUAAUAUGCUCAGCUUUCCGUGUGAAGGCCAGGAAGAUGCUAUCUAGUGAGGAGACUGAGGUUGAGAGCAAGAUUCAGCUGAAGGACAAUGACAAGUCAUAUGUCGAGGUCACAGAGACCAAGACUGCACUGUCGAACAUGAUGGCAAAGGAAUCUUUCUCUCAGACGGAUGUCGAAGCUUCACCCGGAGCUGGUGGUGCCGCAGGAUUUUCCGCAGGUGUAACAGCAGGGCUUAGCAAAGCAGACCAGGAUUUGUUCAAGAAGACGAACGAAACGUCAAGUGCUUCUAUGCAUAUCACCUACAAUGUAUUCCCCUCCAAAGUUCUUCUUGGAGGGCGCCUUUACUAUACCCAGGAAACGUCAUCGUUUGGCAACUCGAGCUUCUCGGAGAGAAGCAAGGCUUUGAAAGUGGCAGCCAGCCUAUCUUUCUCAUCACCAUACGUCCAGGCCAGUGCGAGUGCGAGCCACGAAGACAGAAUCAAGACAGCUGGAAGUGAUCAAAGUGCCAAUUUCAACAAUGCAAUCACCUGGCAUGCCCAAGGUGGCGAUACUCUGCUGUGCAAUAAGUCCGUCUUGUCCCCAGUUUGA